GUUUAAGGUAGCAAACAUGUCUCGUGAUCAGGUGGUGUCGAUGUUUGGAGGAAAUUGUUUUGAUGAUGGUAAAGAAGACAAUCACAAGGCAGGAAACAAAAAUGGUGAUCAGGUAUUUAAGUCCAGGUCAAAUAUUUUGGAUGGUAAAAAUGACAAGUUAAAGAAAAUAAGCAGACCUGUUGAUGAUCUGUUUAAGUUUGGGUCAACUAAAUUGGAUGCUAAAGACGGCAAAUCAAAGACCUUUGGAGAAGGAAAGAAAGGCGAUCAGCUGUUUAAGUUUGGAGAGCAGUGUAAGAUUGGAGAGAAGCGAGGCAGGAACAAUCAGCCUCAAUUGGUAAUGGAGGAGAACAAAGGCACAAAAGAUGUCAAGCAACUUACAGAAAGAUUAACAGCCUUCUAUUCCAGCUGGAGGAAAUACAAAGAAGAGAAAUGGGGAAAAGCAGAUGUUUUGGUGAUUACUACUCCAUCAGUGGCACCAGUUGAAGAUAUGUCUCGUAGCUUCUUAGUGUGGUUGCUGGAUGGUGAGUUUCUGGAUACCACAGCUGUUUUUACGGACACUGGAAUAGAAUUUCUUUGCACCAAGGAAAGUUUCUUCAGGCUUCGUACAAUUGGAAUUUGUAUGACAAAGAUUGCAAAGCUAACUGUUUCUGUCCAACUGAAGAAACGAGGAGAGCGAUGUGUAGAUUGGUUAAAAAAGACUUUGAGGCAGGUGAAUACUGCGACGAAGUCUGAAGCAAACUGGUGCCCACUUGUUGUUGGCUGUAUAUUUGGGGAGUCUGGGGAGAUAGAGGUUCUUUCACGUUCCAAAAUGUUUGAAGUUGCAUAUGUAGACAAUGCUUUAACCAACCUGCUUGAACAGGGGAAUUUUGUGAAAGCAGAAAGGUUUGCAGCUCAACAGUCAACUUUACCUAUGCAAUUUCAGAUGUUGUCUUUGGAAACAUGUGGCAGUGCAAAAACUGCAAAUGCUGUAUCAUUUUCUGAGUUAGCCAAAAUUAGGUCGAUGGAUGAUAAUUCUUAUUUGUCAGAAGAAUUACUCCGUGGUGCAAAAACUCCUACUGACGGUAGAGUGGAUAAUGGAGGACCAGUUGAGCAAACCAAACCUGAAGAAAACAAGGUAUUUGAGGAGGACAAUUCAUCAAGAAAACUUGCAGAUAAGAUGAUGUUGCUUGAGAUAAAGGAGGGUGAUAUGGAAACCUCUAUCACAGAGGACAGUGCAGAAGAAAAGCCGUUGGCUAUGCUAUUGAAUGAUGAAAAUAGUCCCUUACUGCAAGUGAAGGAGCAUGGAGAGCAAUCUGGACCAACUGCAGGAGGAAUGGAUUACAGUAUCCAGCCAACUGGUGUUACAGAUGCUGCAUCAGAAAGUUCUUUACCAGAUGAUAACAAUGGCAUCUCGAGGAAGGACUCUGUUGGUUCUGAUGAUGAUUGGACAUUAGUUGAGAUUGAGUGUCAAGGGAAAGAAACAGAAGUAUCCGAGAGAGUCAGCUGGGGAAGGUGGUUCAUGGGUAAAACUGGAAAAUCAUUUGGUUUUAAAGACGAGGUGUGCGAUGAAGCACCAUCAAAGAGGACCAAGGCUGAUCCAUGAAUACAUAUCUGCAGUCUUUUCUCUGUUUGAUUAGCUGCUGGCCAACAGUAGGUAGUGCACAAUAAUGCUCUUUAUUUUCUAGGUCAAUAAUUUUGGUUGCUUGUAUUAGAACUUCAUAACUCAUCUUUAAAUAUGGUUCCAUCGUGUUAACGAUAUGUGCCUUCGUUAA